GAACGACGCCACAGUAUCUAUCGAGGCUGCGUGGGAGGCAGCUCAGGGGCAGGGAACGCGCCUCCCUCCAUAAAAAAAAUAUAUAUGUGUAUAUAUACUUACAUAUAUACAGCGUCUACUGCAGAUACGAAAAGCGUGGAACUCGACGGUCAAGGAGGAGUUCGCUGCCGAGGAGGGAGAGCGCCGACUCAACAUGGCCGCCGCCUUGCUUCGCGGCCUCCUGCUCCUGGCGCUGAGCCGAGGCUUGCCUCUGGCCGCGGCCGAUAAAGAAGGCCUUCCUCGCGACUUGCCUUCCAUCAAGUACCUGAAGCCCAACCAGAACGCUACCAAAGUCACUUUUUAUAUCUUUGCUAACAACACGGAUAACAUUGUAACCCGUUCCCUAGAUGAAAAGUGGUAUGCAGUCGAACUUUCCAAGAACGAAAACCGAGCCUUAGUUCUCCGUAUCCUACCUCCUGUCGACAGUGACUUCACCUGCUGUACAGGCGUGAAACUGAUUAAUUUCCAUGCGUCCUAUGAGGGUAAGGUCCAGUGGAAUGAAACGUGUCCUGAGGAUUUAACUGAGUACUGCCCGGGUACAGAGUCAGAUCCUCAGUUGACACAACACCGAGACACCAAAGAUCCCCCAACCCAACAACUUCACUUGAAAGCUCCUUCAACUGUAAACCCAGACCGCAAAGCUCCUUCAACUGUAAACCCAGACCGCAAAGCUCCUUCAACUGAAAACCCAGACCGCAAAGCUCCUUCAACUGUAAACCCAGACCGCAAAGCUCCUUCAACUGAAAACCCAGACCGGAAAGCUCCUUCAACUAUAAACCCAGACCGCAAAGCUCCUUCAACUGAAAACCCAGACCGGAAAGCUCCUUCAACUCAACUCUCAGACUCUAGAUAUCCCUCGACCGAACACCUGGUCACCAAAGCUCCAUCGACCCAAAACCCAGACGUCAAAGCUCCCUCAAACGUUCCAGAUCCCGGACUCUCAUCAAGCAUAGAAUCUCCUACAGGUGUGAAUGUACUCCUAUUCGUCCUAGCCGUGGCUACAAUGCUGAUAGCACUUGAAAUCUAAGGAACACUAGCGAGCCCUGGACGUGUGCAAGCUAUUAGGGAGGGACUCGGAGAACGAGAGGUAACUUGAGGAAGAAGAACCAGUUUACUUAUAAAGAAUUACUAUGAUCUUUAUCAUAUAGAGUCUUAAGCCAAGGUACCAUUUGAGUACUUCUCCGUUGUGACUGGGAAAGUCUUAAGCCAGUGUAUCAUUAGUAGUUCUUUGUUGUUGUUGAGGAAAUCCUUUUAAGCUAGGGUACCGCUAUCAGUUAUAUGCUGUAAUUAGUCUUACACCAGGGUGCCAGUAGUAAUUAGACCUCUGCUGUAGUUGAGAAAGUUUUAAUCCAUGGUGCCAGUAGCCUUAUCCUUAUACACUGGAGCCAGACGCAGAUUAUCACUCUUUUGGCCUAAGUGUACUACCUGGGGUGCUAAAAGACUAGACCCAUAGUAUUUUUUACCAAUAUAUUACUAAUGCUUAAAAGGUGAUUUGGAUUUUUAGUGAUUUUCUGAAAUCUUGAAAGAUAUUCCUAAGCUAUCUUAACAUCACUGGAGUGAGCCUAGCCAUGAAAAUGUAACUGUGGUGAAGUCAAAAGGGUAGACUUGACGCCACAGGAUAGCUUAGGGGUCGGGGGCUGAAAAUGAGCAGUUUAAUUAGACAGGGACGCGUGCGAACUAAGGAGAAAAACUCAGCUGAAGAUAGAUAUAAAUUAUGAAUGAAUUAAAACACCAUGGUUUUUUUUUAUCUUUCAUCUUUCUUUUAGUAUCCAAGAGUUUGUAUUCAUAUGAUUAUAAGGUUUGUUGUAUAUGUAUUUGCUUAUAGAUGUAUUCAUUUUUAUGUGAUCACAUUUUUCUCCAGUGUAUACCCGUGUUUGUUUGUGUGUGUGUGUGUGUGUGUGUUUGUUUCUGUGUGUUUGUGUGUGUGUGUGUGUGUUUGUUUCUGUGUGUUUGUGUGUAUGUGUGUGUGUGUAUGUGUGUUUG